AUGCUUUCCACAAAGGCCUUGAUGCGGGUCUCGCCUCUGGUUCAGGUGAGGUUUAACUCGACGUCGAUUCCACAGAAGUUAACACAUGUUCCAAACAAAUAUAAUGCGAAGUCUUCCGCUUUCAACAUGAAGCCCCAGCUUCCUGACGGGAUUUUCUAUCACCCUGCACCGUCCGCUCUGGAUCCAGAAAUCACCCCCAAGGCGUUUUUGCCCGACUCCGAUCCUAGAAAGAACUCGGUUGUCUAUUAUCCAGAGGAAAGUGUUCGUGUGGGCGCCCAUGUGAAGAACAUGCCUAUAAUCUCGAAAGCUAGAACACCAAAGAACUAUGGACUAAGUCCCGAGCAAAUCGAGCAAAUCCAGGAGAUGAGAAACAAAGGCAUUCCAAGACGGGAGAUCAGACAUAAGUUUGGUGUUUCGGACCAUUUUAUCAACAUUUGCAGCUCUCCAAACCCAGAGACCGUGGCCAAGUAUCAACAUAAGGUCAACAAGGCUCUCAAGAGAUGGGACGAAAGAACGAAGAUCGCUAAGUUGAUCAAACUCAAACAGGAGGUCACUUGGAAGAGAGAUAUGUAA